UAUCCGGUCUUCUCGACGUUGGCAGUUAGCUUUACAGUCAGUAGCUCAGCCAGCAGUUAGCAUUCCUGCAGGUUCCCACAGUCAUUUUUAACACUUACUAGUCAGCCAGAAGCCGAAGUCCACAGCUGGUCCGAUCGACAGGUUGCCACACAUCACCUGAGACAUGACGAAGCACGAGUUUGAGGUGGCGAUGACAUGUGAGGGAUGCUCAGGGGCUGUUACCAGAAUCCUCAACAAGCUGGGAGAUGUGAAGUUCGAGAUCGACCUGGAGAAGAAACUGGUUUUGAUCGAGUCUGACAGAGAAGUGGAAGAUCUUAUGGCGACGCUGAAGAAGUGUGGAAAGGAAGUCAAGUACAUCGGGCCUAAAUGAAGGAACCUGCUUCAUGUAGAACAGGACGUCAUUGCUGUUGAUGCAAAGUGAAGAUUUCUAUGGAAUCCCAGUUAAUUUCCUGUUAGAAGGUGUCUGAUGGACCCUAAGUGAAUCCUCACAGAUGCUAGCCUCGUCCAGCUUUUACGCACACAAAAAAAGACCCUUUGGAUGCAGAUCUUGUCUCAGUGUCGGCUACACCUGGCGAGCAUGGAGGAUGAUUUUUUUUUUUUUUAAAACUCAAAUGAUGUCCUGUGAAAUGAGGAAAAACGGCUAAUUUAUGUUCAAACCUGACGUCCUCUACUUUGUUUUUUGUCCCAUGAGCAGGAUCAAGAGGUGAUGGGGUUAUCAUGUCAGCAUAAUUAUUAAUAUAUGUACACGUUAAGACAAAUGCGUGAUUUUUUUAACAACAACAAUGAUGUCUUAUGUCUUGUUUUACCAUCUAGAUACAUCUGUUUGAUGAACAACAGACAGGGACAAAACAGGGACGUAGAGUAACACCACGGUUGUUCUUGAAUAUGAAGUUAAAUCAAUUUUCAGAUAAAAAAGGUCGCUAUCUGUGGAAAAAGAAACCCUAAAUAUCCAAACAGGACUCCCGUCAAACUUGCUUACAUUCCCUAGAUAAUAAAGCAAACAGCAAACUAUUGGAUUGUGUUUGCCUGAACCUGAAUCACCGCCUUAAACGUCAUAAAAAGUCAUUCUUCAAAGCUCCAUGCACGAGGUUGUCUGCAGAUCUGCACCAAAGGGGGGGGGGGGACACUCUGUCUGUCUUCCUUUUUAGGGACCAUCUCCUGGAAUUGGCUUCAUCACAGUUUACACUACAGUAAUCUAGCCCAACACCACAGGUCAAAGAUAUCAUGCUCUUAUAGAUUUACUUACAUCCAUCUUUGUUUUCUUUAUUGUAAUUUACUCUAGGUUUGGUUUUUGUUACUUUGAAGGAAAAGCCAAUCUCUUCAUCCUGGACUUUUCUGAUUAACCGUCUGUUAUAACAUGUUGUGUAUGCACAGGGAAAAUAAAAUAAAAUCUGCCUCCUUACAACA